AUGCCCAUCCUUGUGCCGGCCAUUGGCGUCCACGGAAAGCCGUGGAUGCAUUUGCUCGUUGAUGUGUUUCAGAGGUUGAGCUUGCCUGUUGACGGUGCUAUUGACGGGCCAGUCCUGCCUGCGCCGCGUGACAGUGGAGGCAAGGAGUUCUCGUGCCGGGCAAUUGAGUCUGGCGAGGUGACUGCUUUCCUGCGGCAGUUCCUUGGUUUACCAGCGCCAGUAGCGGGCGAACGGGGCGUCUCUUCUCACUCCUUGAAAGCUACUUGCCUCAGUUGGGUCAACAAAUACGGUGUGUCAGAUCGCACGCAGACGGUGCUGGGAAGACAUUGCAAGUGCGCUUCCACUGCUGAUGCCGUGUACGCUAGAGACAUGUGUGUCGGUCCCACGCGCGAGCUGCAGCGCACUAUUGAAGCCAUAGCCGGUGGAGAUUUCCGACCCGAUGAAGCUAGGUCUAGAUACUUCAGGUUUCCGCCUCGGCCACCGUCCCCCGUUGCUGAGGUGUUGGAGAACCAGCGCAAGGACGAGGAGGGUGUGCAAUCUGCAGCAGCAGAGUUGGAGGAGGGUGAAGCUAGCGAGCCGGAGGAGCCAUUUUCGUUGAGCCCCGCGUGUGGAGCCAGCGAGCAAGACGACUCCUCUUCUUCCUCGUCCGACGAUGGCUGCAGCAGCAGUGAUGAAGAGGAUCUGCCUCCGCCAGCUAAGGCCCAGCGCUUGCGUGGGCGCGUGCCAGUGAAUGCAGACGCCCAGGUUUGGUGGGUGCAUCGCAGGUCCAAGAUACCCAAGAUGCUGCAUCUGGUGAAUGGCCAGAAAGCCACGCCUGAUGAGGAGCAGAUCUUUGCGUGUGGGCGAUCUGUGUCUAGGAUGUUCCGGCCUGCUGAAGACGCAGAUGUGCGGGGUCCUGUGUGCAACACAUGCGCAAAGAACGCGUGA